AAUUUUUGCAUAAAAUCCAGAAUGGCUGAAGUCACCGUCAUUGAUGAGGAAUUCUUGAGGAAGAGAGCUGAGCAUAAUGAAGGAAUGCUAUCAACUUUGGAAGAGAUCACUCUUCAUCAGCUGAACAUCACAAGGAUAGAAAAUAUAGACAAGUUCUGUCGCCAUUUAAAGAUUUUGUACCUCCAAAACAACCUGAUUCCUAAAAUUGAAAAUUUGCAUAAGCUAAAGGAACUUGAGUACCUUAAUCUAGCUGUCAACAACGUGACGAAAAUUGAAGGACUUUCUACAUGCGAAAGUCUGUACAAACUUGACCUGACGCUGAACUUUAUAGAUUUAGAUGUGUUCAAAGAGUCCAUAGAGCAUCUUUCUCUUUGUGACAACAUCAAAGAGUUUACUCUGACAGGAAACCCUUGUACAGACUGGAAAGAUUAUAAAGAUUACGUGAUAGCAAAAAUUCCUCAACUUAGAAGGAUCGAUUCUACCGAUAUUACCAGGAGCAUGCAGAUCUUGGCAGAACAAAGACUUGAAGAGCUUGAAGAAAUUCUGGCAAAGAAAGCAGAAGCUGUACGGUAUAAGAAGGAAACUGAGCCAGUUGACCUUAACGCAUUCAAUCCAGAAUCUCGUAUGAAGGAUUAUCAGGAUGAUCUUGAGCAGAAGAGACAAGCAGAACUGAACAAACCUAAGAAUCCAUUCGAAGUUUCUGAGGAGUUCUUGCAUAAAAGAGAUGGUCCUCCCAGUGUUUACAAUGAAGAUGGAGAAAUCCGUCAGUGUAACGAAGGCAGGUACGAUUUCAAAAUCACUGAAGAUGAAGAUAAUGAUAGGGUUUUAGUGGAGCUCUUCAUCCCUAAAUAUCUGACUACAGAUUUAUUAGAUGUUGAUGUUAACCCUCUCUACGUCAGAUUUGACGUGAAGGGGAAAAUCACUCAGUUCAGACUUCCAGAAGAGAUUGAAGUUGAAAAGAGUAAAGUAGAAAGGUCCAAAACUACAGGUGGCUUACUUGUCAUCUGCCCAACUGUUUAUAAACGUCCUAGAAACACCAAGGAAGCUAAAGAGAGAAGAGAGGAGUAUAAGAAGAGAAGAAUGCUUGAGGAAAUGCAAGAGGAGAUGAAGGAAAAAUUUGACUCAAAAGAGGAAGCUAAGAAGCCAGAACCAAAACCAAAAGAGCUAGAACAACUACCAGAGCCUUACGAUAAAAAAGAGGAGGAACCAUAUGAGCCUGAUUUCGACCUUGAUGAGCUUCCUGAUCUAGAAUAAAUAUUCUAUUUUAGGUAUUCAAAACUGUCUGUAAAUUGGCAAAAUAAAGCUACUUUUGCUGCCUUUAACAUGGAUUAGAUACAUAGAGAUUUCUCAUAUAGCCUGGUCAUUUAAGGAACCCAUUAGCGUUUA